AUGAAUAAAAUAUUUGGUGUUAAAAUUGAUUCACAACAAAAGAAGCGACAACAAUCAAAUAAGAAUCUAACGGUGUUCAAUAAUGGUAGAUAUUUAAUUUAUAUUGGUGAUAUUCAUUUCGAUAGGAAAUUCCAUCGUGAAGCAUUAAGAUAUUAUUUAUUAGGUUGUGGAUUGGAGACUGCAUUCUAUAGUGAUCCUGUUAAAACCUCGGUUACAAACUCAAAGUAUUUAACUUUUCUCUCUCGUAGAAUCUUUGAUUGUUUCUAUUUUUUACGUGCACCUAUGCAAGCUAUUGUAGUCUCUCAAUUCUUUGGUAAUUUAAAUCAAACUUGUUUAGUCUCUUUUAAAAUCAUUCAAGAAGAAUAUUAUCAAUUAGAUACAAAUUAUUUUCAAUAUAUUUGGGAAUUACCUUUAUUAGAAAUUUUAUUAACAACUUUUACAAAACAAAAAGAUCUUAAAAAAAUCUAUUUAAUUAAUCAAAUUAUUUCAAAUCCAAUUAUCAAUGAAAAUAAUCAUCCUGAUAUUAGGAAGAACUUUAUUAAAAAUACCAAACAUAAUUUUUGGAAAGCAAUAUCAUCCAAUUAUUUAUUACAAUAA